AUCGACAAGAACAACAAGCGCCUGCGCGGGACGGGCAGCCUGCUCACCGCGCGGCGGUUCGCGUUCGAGCGCGUGCGCACGCUGUGGGCGGCGAAGAUCGGCACAUGGCUCGCGCUCGACUUCGAGGCGUGGGACAUGGACCACACGGCGCUGACCGAGUUUGGGUGGAGCGCCGUGCGCUGGGUCGACGGCGAGCCGGUGAAGGAGGACGGGCACCUCGUCGUGAAGGAGCACCGGAUGUACACGCAGCAUUACGUCCCCAACAACCGCGAGUACUACAACUUCGGCGAGAGCGAGAUCGUGACCAAGCCCGUGUUCAAGCAGCGGAUACAGGACCUCAUCAACACGCACAAGGAAGCAGGCCCGCUCUUCCUCGUCUUCCAUGACCACUCGCAGGACGUCAAGUACCUCAAGUCGGACAUGGUCAAGGCGAUAGAGCGCGUCGACUACCUCCUCCCAGACUCGCCCCAGACAGGCGAGAUCUACGUGGUCGACACCGCCGACCUCUUCGCCGCGCUCGAGGGCGACGCGUCGAACAACAGGCGCUCCCUCGAGCGCGUCUGCCGGCACCUCCAGAUCACUACCAAGUUCCUGCACAACGCCGGGAACGACGCCCGCUACACGAUGGACGCCAUGGUGGAGAUGGCAACAGGCGACCCAGUCGACCAGCAGCGCGAGCAGCGGUGGCCGAAGCGCACAGAGGAGAACCAGCCGAAGGUCCAGUUCCAGGACUGGGAGGAGGAGUCGGACUUCUCAGACAUGGAGGGCGUGAUGGGUCCCCCGACCGCUGCGCCGCCCAUGCCCACCGCCGACGACGACGACCUGUGA